AUGUCCGGCGCGACUCCAGAUCCCGUGUUGAAAAGAGACGCAGUAGACGUCAAGCUUCCUUCAGAUGGCAGCGAAAAUGACUCCCCGUCAAGUUUGCAGGAUGAGCAGGUAUUUCGAUUUGGAGAAUCGAGAAAGCUAGGGGUCACCGCUUGUGUUUUUCUCAUCAUCAACAAGAUGAUAGGUACCGGUAUCUUCUCGACACCGUCAGGUGUAUUCGCCGCCACGGGCUCCGUGGGUGUAUGCCUGUUUCUCUGGAUCAUUGGCGGCAUCAUCACAUUCUGCGGUCUCAGCGUCUUCCUCGAAUUUGGUCUUGCCAUUCCACGCUCAGGCGGCGAGAAGAACUACCUCGAACGAGUCUAUCGGCGACCAAAACUCCUGGCGACAUGUGUCCUGCUGGCCCAAAUGGUUCUCCUCGGUUUCUCCUCCGGCAAUUCUCUUGCGUUUGGUCGAUACAUCCUCUUUGCCUCUGGCUCAGACGUAGCUGAUGGCUGGAAGGCCCGCGGAAUUGCCGUCGGCUGCAUCACAUUCGCCGUCCUCUUGCAUUCAACCUUCCCAAAAUGGGGUAUCAGACUAUUCAACGUUCUCGGUGUUUUCAAAGUUGUCAUCCUACUCUUCAUUGUCAUUGCCGGAUUCGCGGCGCUAGCAGGUCAUCGGCGCAUCCCAAACCCACACAACUUCGACAACGCAUUUCACCUCGAAAAAGGACCAGGAUAUGGCGGCGGAGGAGCUUACGCAUAUGCCACAGCCCUACUUAGAAUCAUCUACAGCUACAAAGGCUGGGAAAAUGCCAAUUACGUCCUAGGCGAGGUCAAGAAUCCGCGCAAAACUCUCCUGAUAGCUGCACCACUUGCUGUAGCGUCGACCGCAGUACUCUACGUCCUCGCGAAUGUUGCAUACUUCGCCGCCGUCACCAAGGAAGAGAUUGCGACCUCGGACGUUCUCAUCGCAGGAUUGUUCUUCCGGAACAUAUUCGGUGACAGUGCCAGUGCAAGAAGUUUGCCUGCGUUCAUCGCACUGAGUAACCUGGGCAACGUGUUGGCUCUCUUUCUGCACUGGCUCGUCACUGUCAUUAUCCUCCUUGCCCCUCCGGCUGGACCUGCAUACAACUUCAUCGUCGAUCUGUACACCUACCCCGGCGCCUGGAUCAACGGCGCCGUCUGCGCCGGCCUUCUGUACCUUCACUUCCGCAAAUCCGAAAACUGGUCAUCGCCAUUCCACACCUACUUCCCAGUCAUCGUUCUCUAUCUCCUCGCCAACAUAUUCCUGGCAAUCGUCCCGUUCAUACCACCUGAGGCUGGAAACAACGCCGAGGGUUAUCCGUACUACGUUUUCCCGGUCGUCGGUGUCGCUGUGUUGAUUGCUGGAGCGGUGUAUUGGUGGCUUUGGACCAGGGUCUGGCCUAGAAUUGGAGGUUACAGGCUUGAGGCGGAGAGAUGUGUGAGUGAGAUUGAUGGGAGUGAGACGGUGAGGUACAGGAAGGUUUAUAUGGGGAAGCAUCACGGAUUAGUCCAUCAGGACGGAGAUGGGCGUUUGGGGCGUGCUUAA